UCAGUUUUCCGUUUCAAACUUUUGUCCAUUCCCAAUACGUACUUGGUUGCAGAUUUAGCCAAAAACUGAAAAAGGAAUCCAUCUAACGACGUCGUUUUACUGCGCUAUCAUUUGGGAAUUUGGACACAAUUAUUUGGUUUUUCUCCAUGUUUGCAUAGGACCAGUACGUUACAACGUUGGAAAAUGAUCCAAUAUUUCUUCUGCUGCUACUAUUUUAAUCCCUCUUUCUUUUUCUCUCUCAAGCCCAACACACACAGUUAACAAUAUAUUUUAUAUAAUUAAAAAGUUGGAAUUUUUCAGUAAUUCUGCAUUAGAAUUUCAGAGUUUAAUCUCACAAAAUUCUAAGAUUCCCAGAGGAAAAUUUGUCCCCGCUGUGCUGUGAUUCUCAAUUACCUCCUUAUUUUUUUUUCUCUCUCUCUCUCUUUCUCUGUCUUUCUUGUCUUUGGCGUUUGGAUUCUGAGAAAAAGAAAAAGAAAAAGAGUUCUCUUUCUCUUUCUCUCUCUUUUAGCUUAUUGUUUUCACUUUCAGAACGGAAGCUUUGCUUCACGACAUCCCCACCACCACCUUCGACACUUCCCUUUCUAACGUUUGUUUCUUAGAAACCAAGCGUUCACUUUUGGUUCAAACACGCCUUUUUUCCUUGUUGCUUUUCUCUCAUUUUUCAUGUGCUUCAAGGUGUCUUCCUUGCUGGUGAUGUUGUUUGUUUAGUCCCUUUUUUCCUUUGUGUAUCUCACUCGCCAAUGGCGGACUCGGCCAAGUUGAGGUUGGUGCGCUGCCCAAAGUGUCAAAAUCUCCUUCCAGAGCUCGUCGGUUACUCUGUUUAUCAAUGUGGUGGUUGCGGUGCUGUUCUUCGAGCUAAGCAUGAAGGUUAUGUGAGUGGUAGCUUGUCUGAUGAAGGGAAGGUUGGAGGAGAUUCUGGCAAAUUAGAAGAUUCAUUGGAGAAGGGCUUAGUUGAUCCCAGUGAUACUUCAGAUGUUGAUGCUAAGUCAAACAGUGGUCCCUCAAGGCAUGAUAAUCAAAGGGAGAUGGAUAAAGAAAAGAGCAGUCAGGAGAGAUUUCCAAAUCAAUCAGAGGAUACUCAUGAGAAAGGGGUUUUAGAGAAUGUUGCCGAUGUCAACAGAAACAAAGAUGAAGUUUGUAAAACAUUAGGAAGAGAACAGGAGGAACCUAAGUCUCAAAUUGGUAAUGAAAAUGGGUCCAAAUUCUCUGGGAGAAAGUCUAACUGGCAAAAUGGAGCAAGAAGUGAGAUGGAAGGCUUUUGGAGAAAGCCAAGAGCUGAUAUGGAAAGUGUGAGGUUUUCCACUUCGAAUUAUCCUGAUGAGGGACCUUCAAAUGGCUAUUCCGGUUUUCCUUAUAAUUAUAUGGAGCCAUGGAGAAAUCAUAAAGAAAUAGAUGGUGCGAACAAGGUUCAGCACCUUGAGCAUGAUCGAACUGAACUUCUUAGGAAGCUGGAUGAGUUAAAGGACCAGAUUAGUAAGUCCUCUGAAGUGGUUAACAACCCAAAAGAAAAGUUUCAUCUUGAUGAAAGAAUGAUUCCUCCAGAUCCUCAUCCUUCUGGUGGCUCUGAUCCUUGGUUUCCUGAUGGAUUGUCAGGGUUGAACAGGACUUCAAGGCAACUUUUUGGCACUGAUAAACAUAUUGCUGCUCCCCCUCAUUUCAAUUAUCAUCAUGAUCCAUAUCCUUACACAAGUGGUCAUGAAAUGGCUAUGCCCAACUUUCAUCCUUCAAUGCAUAAUGCAAAUCAAUAUGGGGAUCCUUUUGCAUCCCAAAUGUUGAGGAGAGGUCCACAUCAGUUACCCCAUCAGUUCCCACAACAACCAUUGCAUUCCUACCAUCCUGGACGCUAUGUUGAUACUAAUCCAGAUUCAUAUGGACACUAUGCACAUAAUGCAAUGCUUCACCCGCAUUCUUGCUCUUGUUUCCAUUGCUAUGACAACAAACGAAGAGAUGCAGUGCCAGCACCGCCUGCUUCAUUCAUUAACAGCAGAUUCCCUGAUACCCCAAACGAUCCUAUGUUAUACCAUCAUGAGAUCUCAGGGGCAUUUGGUCCACAUGUUCAUAAUUCUAGAACUGCCAUUCCUCUUGUAAGUUUUCGUGAAAAGCAAUUGCAUACAAGAUGGCCUAGUGACAUCAACUCUGAGAUGGGUAGUUUUGUUCGAAGCCGUCCUUGGAAAGUAAUGUUAACUAGUGGUAGUCAGCGUUGUCAUCCUGUAGCUGGUGGUUUGCCCUUCAUCAUAUGUCAUAAUUGCUUUGAGUUACUGCGACUGCCUAAAAAAGGGUUGGUUCUAGUGAAAAAUCAUCAGCAGACAGUGCGAUGCGGGACUUGUUCUUCGGAAAUCAACUUUUCUUUCAUCAAUAAUAAGCUGGUUAUUACUCCUCAUUCAAAAAUGAAGGGAGUUCCCACAAAGGUUGAUGAUAGCUCUAAUGAGGUUGCAAGUGACCGUGUGCUGCAUUCCCAUGGUCAUGUGAACAGGAGUGGUGCUAACUUCUCAUCUGAUGAUUAUUCUGGUUAUGAUUUUCAUUCAGUAGAUAGAGAACCUCUUUCACUGGUUUCUUUGAACGCUAACAAGCCUGAGGAGAUGCAAAGUUUCCAUUCUUCAACUCUCAGUACCUCUGAAGAUGAAAAUAGUCCAGAAGUGAUGAUUGCUCCAAGGGAGGCCACCAAGUCCAUUCAUCAGCCAACUAAAGACUCUGUGUCUCCUCCACCGGCUGGCUCUCCUCUGCAAGAGUAUUUUGAUUACUCUAAUAAUAAUCAUGCAGUGAACCGGUUUGGAAAAGGCAACCGAAGUAGUCGCUCUGAGCAAGAGAAGGAAAAAGUGGACAAGAUUACAUCACGUCAAAAUUCUUUGAAAGAGGCAGCGCUUGCAACUGAGAUGGAUGUCCAUGAUUAUUCUAACACUGUGGCCUCCCAAGAUUCUGGAGAUGCUAGCCGAGAACAUGAUCAUCCAAGAUCCAACAAAAGGGGUGAAUCAUUUUUUGCAAACAUUAUCAAGAAAAGCUUCCGAGAUUUCUCCCGAUCUCAUCAGACAGAUGAUCGUGGCAAAAUUAAUGUUACUGUAAAUGGGCAACCCAUAUCAAAUCGUGUGCUUAAGAACGCUGAAAAGCAAGCUGGACCAGUCCAGCCUGGAAAUUAUUGGUAUGAUUUUCGGGCUGGAUUUUGGGGCGUCAUCGGUGGCCCUUGUCUUGGUAUAAUUCCUCCAUUUAUAGAAGAGUUCAAUCAUCCCUUACCAGACAAAUGUUCUGGUGGGAAUACUGGUGUUUUUGUAAAUGGUAGGGAACUUCACCAAAAAGAUUUGGAGUUGCUUGCUGGAAGAGGACUUCCCUCUGAUGGAGAUAGAUCUUAUAUUAUUGAAAUUUCUGGGAGAGUGCUCGAUGAAGACACUGGAGAAGAGCUGGACAGCCUCGGCAAACUUGCACCAACAGUGGAGAAAGUUAAGCAUGGAUUUGGCAUGAAAGUACCUAGAGCAGCUACAUAAUCAAAAUUUAGAAACAAGUAUUCAGUUGCUUGUUUGAAAAGGUGAAUUUUGUUCCUUCCUUCUGAAGAUUUGGAAACUUCUAUUUGAGACCUGAUCAUGGAACAAGUCUAGAAAUGUUUGGAAGAUUACUUGAAAUUCUUCUGUUAUAUGUCCAGGAAUAAGUGUGAUUUUGUGCAGGACUUGAAUCUAGAUUGCAUAUGAAAUUUGUAAAUUUUUUAUUUUUAUUUAUUAAAAGAAAAUGCUUCAAAAGUUUUGUACUUGAUAUCAAGUAGUUUUAGGAGGAGUUAAAAUGAUUGUGCGAAAAGUCUAGCAUCUAGGGUAGAAUUUGAUGUUUAUAAAUGUGUAAUGUAUUCCUUGAUCAGUUUGUAGUAGUUAUGCAUUUGUAAGUCAAACCUGGAAAUAUUUUAAUAUGAUCUGGAGCAAGAUU